UGCUACAUCAACGAUGAAAUGAAUGAACUGGUGAUAUGAAUGACCAAAGGUCUGACACAAAAAGUAGUCCAAAGGUUGAUCAAAAGGAUGAACAUAAAUCUGACCAUAAGAAUGAUCUUAAGAGUGAACCAAAACCUGAACAGAAAACUGAACAGAAGGCUGAACAGAAAGCUGAGCAGAAAGAUGAGCCGAAAGAUGAGCGCAAGAUGGAUGAAUUUAAAAAUCUUGAUUUUGAGCAAAUGAAAGCCAAGGCGCCAAAGCUUUUGGCCGAUAUGGUACAGAUGCUUAUCACAUGGCAGAAAAGGGGCUUCCAUGUGCCACGAGGUGUCAGGAACAUAUUUGAGUUCACCUGGGAUGAGCUCAUAGAGAUACCGCCCAAAAAAUCUUUCACAGGUUUAUAUUGUCCAGUUGUCAAAUUCCUCCCCUAUGACGAGGCUGAGCUGACCUCCACAACUACAUCAAAAAGUCAAAAGCUGGGUGCUACACCCUCAGGGAAGAGAGCUAAUUAUAUGAUUUCACUUGAAAACCAGCCGAUGCUCGUGAAAUUCCAGAAACGGUCCAUACAUCUCCUGACGGAACUUCUGAAGCUAAAGAUGAAGAUAAUGAUUGAUGCCGUUGCUGGUUCCAACACCGACGAGACUGCAAAACGAUUCCUGGAAAGUGGUCAACAGCUAAGUCCCAAAUCUCGGGAGGAAGCGGUGGAGCUUAUGAAAGAACCCAGAAGGAAAGGGCGUGGUGUUGUUCCAACAGGGCCAGCAAUUCCUAUAACUUCCACCACCCAACUCAUACAGCAAAUGUCCUUGUCCUGCCUUUGCUUUUCAUUAUCAUUCAAAGAGGUCAAACCACAGAAGAGCUCAGGUCUGCUUAAAAUCAAAGGUGGUGGCAGCAGCACUGGUCAAGACAAGGAGUCCAUUUUAUCUGACAAAUUUGAUCCAUGUCCUGAAGCAAGGGGGAGGCUCCGUGAAAUUUGCCGUCACAUAGAACAUGAGAAGUCUGUAGCCAUAGCAAAGUGCCAUGUGAGACCCCUAAUACUGAAGAAUUAUCCAACUGUGCACAAGUCACCAUCUCAGGCCUUGAGAAGAGCUUCCCUCUCUCAAUUAGCUGCUGAGAUCAGACGUUCAAAAUUGAAAAAAUUAUUCUUUUCCAUUCCUGAUGGAACAUCGCUGAUUUAUUAUCCAUCCGGAAAUAUUGCAGUUCUCCAAUUUCCCAUAUGCUGCAUAGGAAAGACAAUCACCUUUCUGUUUCAGGAUGUUCCAAGUCAAGGAUUUUUAGGCAUGUUUACCCUGGGCCACUCUUGUCUAUCUUAUUCCUUUAAAUCAAGCUUUUCUGUGGCGUUAUUGAUGAAUCAGGAAGGUGGGAUAGUUAGAGACAAAUAUGGCCAUUUAACCCACCGCUGGAAUUGGUAUUCCAGAAAAGAAGUUCUACAGUCAUUAGAUUUUCAGAUAAAUGAACAGUUAAAAUUAAAGGUUCUUAGCCAAAAUUCCAUGACAAUUACUUUUGCGACCUUGAAUGAAAGUAUUACCUUAUCUUUGAUAAGACCUGGAUGUCUGCAAGGAUGCAAGGGUGAUAAACAGUUGACUUUAAAAAACAUUGAAGCUGAUGAGAAAGAACAUUGGAGAAGAUGCCUUGUCGACAUUAAGAGGCGGUUUGAGAAAACUGUAAAACAAUUUAUAAACAGUGUUUUGAUGAUUUCAGGAAUAUGCUGCAUAGGCUAUCCGCCUGAGUUUCGUACAAAGCCUGUGAAGUGUAGAACAGCUGAGUCGCCAGUACAGACCUUGGAUCGAAAGCUAAGAGAAGAAACUGUGGCUUCAUUUUCAAAAACAAAAGAGAAAAGAAUUGUCAGGCCAAUAAGCUUACUCAGUUACCAGCCAAUUAAGAGAAAAUUUAGGCCCGCCUCACGAGCCAAAGAAGAGAUCCCAAAUGUAAGCCCUGCCCUUGAGCCGUGGGCAAUUUCUCCUACGGAUUGUCCAAUUGUACUGCGCAAAGUUUUGACCAAAACCAAUGAUGGUUUAGGUUGCAAAUGUGUAGUAAAAAUCCCAUUAAUUACAGACUUGGAAUUUGAAAAGUUUAUCACUGCCCCAAGAAAUCCCAAACAAGUCAUUGUGAUAUGUGUGUUGUCACCACAAAAACAUUCGUACUCGCCUUUCUUUGAGUGGUCUGUCGAACAGUUGUAUAUAAGGAUGCAGCACGGCCGUCCCUCACCUUGUGUUCAGAGCAAACAUGAUCCCUACCGUUUCCUGAAAUAUGAUCUAGAAAAUCCACUGAACCAAACACCUCCUCUUCUGGUACAGAAACAUGGUGUCGUUCCUGGAAUGGUGGUGAUGUAUGCCGGAGGGAAGCUGCUAUUUGGGAGCUCUGUUUUUAACGGAUACAGCUACAGUAAGAAGGACCUGCUAAAACAGAUCAACCAAGUUUGCCUUGACUGCAAAAGAGAUCACUUCCUGCCACAGAGUUUCAAAUUUAGUCCCAUUGCUGAACCUCCGAAGAAACCCUCUUACCAAAGUAUAGAAAGUAUUUAUACUACCAAUAUUAAGGAAUGUGAAGAAGAGCAAGAGCUUGUUGUUGAAGAGAAAAUAGAAGUAGAAGAGAAGAUAAAACGUGCUGGCCGUGGGAAGAAGAAAGCAAAGAAAUAGUAUAAUGAGAUUGGAAGGUGUUACUGUUAUUUAUUUCUUUGUUUGUUUAGCACAUACAUUUAUGCUGGUCUGAAUUUAAUGCAGCUACAGAUGUACAAUACAGAUAUAGCCAAGUGGAUCAUAUACAUUACACAGCAAGGCAUGUCUCAGAAGUAUCUGCCUUAUUAUUAUCAACCUUUCCAUAAAGGAGCUUCUUUCUUUCCAUAAAACAUCAUAUCUUUCUGAAACAUCUGGAGAUCAGUUCCCAGCAAAUUAUGCAGAUCCUAGCAAGAAUCUCCUUACCUUGUUCUGCAGAAAUAAAACAUCUCAAGACUUUGGAAAGAAAACAAAAUUUGUGGUCAGACUGUUGUGCAGGAAGCCUAGCAGGUUUGGUGAGUUGGUAGGGCAGAGAGGCAUGAACAGCUAAGACAGGAUACAGCAAACAAACAAAUGAAAUGAAGGACCAUUAGAGAUAAUUGAAAAUGGAAUUAGUUAAAUUAUCAUCAUCAUCAUCAUCAUCACCAUCAUGGUAUUUUAUAUGAGAUCUUAUGGGAUUUCUAGCAACAUAUAGAAAGAAUACCAAUAUUUUGAUAUAUUAAGGGGUAGUUUUGCUUGAAGAUUUAAGCAUUUGACAGAUGGAUGUUUUUUUGUUUUAGUUUUUGGCACCCAUAACCUCCUACCAUGCAAUGAUGUCAACCACUUGUGCAAAAUUACCAUCCUUCCUCUUACAUUGGUCUUCCAGCAAUAAGCCAUCAUCUUUUCCAAAGCAAUGUUUUCAAAAUUGUGAAACACUGACAUUUUUCAAGAGAUCGGGUUAACAUGGGGAAACAUCUAGUAAAGAACAAUACAGAUGCUUAGAACAGAACUGCAGGAAAAAAAGAAAGUGGAAUUCUGGCUGAAGUCUGAGACAUUUACUGUAUGCAUUGGUAUUUGCUAUACUGAAAGUACAAUUUUCAUUUAGAAUCUUAAAAUCCCCUGCUCAUUUGUGGACAUCUAUAGCCUCCUAUACAUCAUGUGUCAGCAGCUGUCCUUAUCCUAACCAUAAGUAGUACUGACUAAGGCUGAUGGGAGUUGAACAAUAUUUGGAAGGCCACAAUGCUGCAUCCCUGUCUAAGAUAGAAGGCUAGAUUUGACAGGAGACCUGGACUCAACUGUGACAUCCAAUGGAGACCUUGCAUUACUAUCUGAUAAUAAAAUGAGAUUAUGACUCCUGCCACCUUAAACAAGUAUAUAGUGUAAGAAAUCUAUGGUAAAGUACAUAUGUGAUAAAUAUAUAAUCUGAUAUUGGCUGCUGUGUAUGUUCAAUUUCUCCUCCAUAUAACAUUUCUCUUUAACAAUACCAUAAUAGCAUGCAAAAUAUCAUAGACUGAAUUUACUCUUUAUGUAGCAAUGUCUCUAGAAUUUCAAAGGGUCUUAAUGUGUUUAUCCAAAUCCUUUGAUCAAUGUUGGUAUCUUAACCAUCAGAAACAAUGGAUAUACAUGAAGUUAUUUGAUUGGCAAUUUUAGCUAUCAAGCUACAUUUAGUCAAACUAAUUUAUUACUAGGGAAAAUGUUCAUUGAAGUUGAAGAGAUCAUGACCUCAUAUUAACAAUAGAUUGAAUUUUUUAGAGAUUAACUGAAGUCAGAUUUAGCGAAUUUAGUAAGAAGCGUGUAUACCAAGUUAUCCAGAAAGGGGUAGGGCAGUUUUAGUAUCUUCUUAACCUGAAUGUGCUAAAGAGUUUUUCUGAUUAAAAAUCUCUAGUAUAAAUUCAAAGAGAAAGGUAUAGUUUAUGUUACAACUGAUUCACUAUGCUUCCAAAACCACCCAGAGUCACUUAGUUGAGUUGGGUGGGUAUAGAAACUGAAUAAAUAAUCAAAAGAACUUAGUUUUUGGAAAGAAACAUUUCAUCUUUAGUAUGUUCUACAAUUAAGAUGAUUAUUUGCACAAUGACAUUACUUGCAAAAAUGAUAGUCAGAAAAAUAAUUUCUUAUAAUAUUUCAAUUUAAUUACAUUCACAUUUUCUGUUAUGUUUAUGGUAAAUUAGUAUGGUUAUGAAAACUUUUUUCCCCAAACACUAGAGAUUUGUGUGCUUGUGUAUAGGGGGUUGUUGGGUUUUCUAUUUUGUUUUUCAGUUCGUCAUCUUUCAAUAAAGCAAGCAAGUGUUGGAUCUAAUAACUCUGAAACCAAAUGUCCCCUAGAGGUUGUAAUAAAUUAAUAUGGGUCUGAAAAUUACCAGAGUUAAAGUGACAUUUUAUUAGACUUGUUUUCUGUCUUCCCCUAGACAGGCACAUUCUCAUUAUCUAGAAAACACCGCAUGAAUUUGACAUGUGAAUUCUGUAAAGAAAUAAAAUUAGCAAGAAGACUAUGUGGCUGAAUUAGAUCAUAGGAGAAUAUGUAUGGUUGCUUUAUUUUGCAUUGCUUUCUCUUAGAAGCCCAUCAUCAAAUCCUACAGACUAAGACAUGCUUGAUGGCAAUACUAGAAUGAUCUUGCUAAAGCAGAUUAUUAUUAGAAGGCCAUUGUAGUGUGUGGGUUAGGGGGCUGAUCAGGGAAGACCUAAACGCAAAUCCUCACUCAGCCACAAAGUUUUGGAAGAUUUUGAGCCAGUCAUUAUCUUCCACCAUGAGCUAAAUAUAAAGGGCUGUUGUGAGAGAAAAAUAGAAGAAUAAUGCUAUGUAUACAAAAUAAAAUACAACAAUUUAUCAAUCAUGAGUUUUGGUCAUCCAGAUAUUUCUGAAACAUCAGUUAUGCUAUAUCAUCACUCAAUUUCCAAAAAUAUUAUACAGAGAUUAUAAAAAAUUAUUUAAAAGUUCAUAUAUUAAAUCAUAAACCAUGAUAAACAAACCACAAUGGAUAGAUUCAUGAAAAUAUACAAAGUCAGAAGUGAACUACAUAUUGUUUAAUAAAUAUUAAUAAACGUA